UUGAACUGUCUCUUUCUUGGUGUACCCUAACGCGAUCUUUCUGGGUCUAUGGCCAGUUUCUGUUUUCUUGAGCUUGGUGAUUUCUGUUUAUCAGUGCCUCUGCAGUAUUUCCACUAUCUUGUUGGCAAUAACUUGCACCUUUAUCACUUUCACGUCAGCCUUGUUAAAGUCAUUUCACUUCAUGUUUGUACACUUACUAUAUUUGGGGUGGUGGUGAUUCUUUCAAAAUUUAUAUAAAGGCUAUUGUUGGCUACCAACUAUUUGAUUUAGGGUCUUUGUUGUAAUUGGUUAUUCUGGAUGGAGUAGGUCACAUCAUCUCCUAAAUCUUUAUUCUUUAUAAAGACAAUUUGUGUUAAGGACUUGUGUUGAAAUUGAGAUUACACUGACUUUGAAAUUACAGUGAAACCGUAAGCAUCUCUUUAAACAUAUCCCUUAACCACCUUCCAAUUUAGAGAUCCCUUCUUUUUUUUCUCUCUAGUCCCCUUUCGUAUGUCUCAUUUAUUUUUAUUUUGAGAAGGCUUGUUCACUUUUACUUGAUUUCAAUAUUAUCCCAACUACAAAGAUGGUUUUCAUAUCACCCAUCUGAUGAGUUAAUUCUAGAGGGAGUGGAUAGGUAUAAAAACAGGUUCUGCUACUUCUGGCUAAAGUGAUGUAAUUUUUAACUACUGCUUUGGAAGUCCUUCCUUUUGUUCCACCUCUCCUACCAUUUACACCAGCUUUACUGUCUUGCUGUAUCUGUUUAUGAAUCUGGCUUUCCCUACCUACACCUUGAGCUUCUCAAUGGCAGGGACCAGUUCUUAUUCAUUUUUGUAUCCCCAAUACCCUGCACGAGUAGUUGGUGCACAGUAAAUGUAUGUGUAUGAAAGACGUUGAAUACUGAGAAGGUGUUAGAGUCUAACUGGGAGACAUUACAUGUAAGAGUAGAAGAGAGAAAAAACCCCAAAUACAUGAUUAUAUAGUACAAACUGUUUCAUAUAUAAAGUUCAGGGUAGGGUGAUUCACAUUAUCACUUCCACACCCUUCUCAUAUCAUAAAUUCUAAUCACAUACUUCUCCUGGAUAAAGCCAACAAUGCCUCUCAAUAUAUAUCUCAUCAUAGCCCUAAACAGUGUCUUUUAUCAUAGCCUUUUUGUCUGUAUGUAAGCUUAUAUUUUACCAGACUUGUUACAUUCUAUUACAGUCAAGACUGUCAUCCUUUUUUUUCUUUCAGAUUUCCUAUUACCUUGUUUUCAGUUAUUAAGCUGACUUCACUUGAAUAACUCUAACUGCUCGUGUUUUUCCACUAAAUUAAAUGACCAGCGUGUACUGGGAAAAUCAUUAGAAUGAUUUUCUUAAAAGAGAAAAAUUCUUAUACUUGCAAGAAUUAGGUGGCAUCAAAGUUUCCAGGUCCAGUGUUUCAUGGAGAACCUCAGGGUAAAAUAUCCCUUCUCCCAAUAUAAAUUGCAAAGUGGCUAAAAGAAAAUACCAUAAACACACCAAAGAAUCCAUAUAUAUUUGUAUUAAAAUGUAAAUGUAGGGCUUUAUUUAACAUUACAAGUCAGUGUGGAUUCUCCAGGGUUAGCUAGAGAUUACAUUGCCAGUGUAAAUGAAUCUUUGAGGUUGUGUUAAAAGAUUUGAAGUUGUAUGAUGUUGGAAAUUUGUCCUGGAGUCAGGAUACCUGGAUUCUUAUAUUCCCUUUGCCCUAUCUGUGUGAUUUCAGGCAAAUCACUUAAUGUCUCUGGAUUUAAUCUGUAAAAUUCUUCGAAUUUCUAGCUUGCUUCCCUCUUCACAUCUGUCUUAGCAAAAUGCAAAGGAAAGUAACAUGGGAUUGUCCCACUGGGCACCAGCCUUUUAAAAAGAGACUAGGAUGACAAUAAUGAAAUCACCUGAAAGAGUAAAAUGUGAAAAAAGCACUUCUAAUUUAUUGGUUGAUAGGAUUGUUUCUCCUUAAUCUGGAACCUAGAGAAUUCUACUCUAUUAAAGAAGAGAGAAGGGAAGGCUGGAGAAUUUCCAGAUUUUGUUAAAUUGAACAUUUGGAGAUAUAUUUGAAGCCUAAAUCUAAUGGACAUUGUAUCUUUGCUAAAGUCAGUGAUGUGAAAAGACUUGACAUGGAUGAUAUUGCUGAUAGGAUGAGGAUGGAUGCUGGAGAAGUAACUUUAGUGAACCACAACUCCAUAUUCAAAACUCACCUCCUGCAACAAACAGGUUUUCCAGAGGACCAGUUAUCACUUUCUGACCAGCAGAUUUUACCUUCCAGGCAAGGAAAUGUGGACCGAUCUUUUACAUGUUCCACAAGAAGUGCAGCUUAUAAUCCAAAUUACUACUCAGGAUUCUUUGUCAGCAAGAUGAGAUCUCCUCCCCUAAAAAGACACAACCCUUCCUCAGACAGUUUUCUUGGCUCAGGCGACUUAAGAACCUUUGGCGAGAGUGCAAAUGGCCAGUGGAGAAAUUCCACUCCAGCAUCAGGCUCAACUUUACAAAAAUCAAGAAACAGCCGAAGUCUUUACCUCGAAACCCGAAAGACCUCAAGUGGAUUAUCAAACAGCUUCACGGGAAAGUCGAACCAUCACUGCCAUGCAUCUGCAUAUGAAAAAUCUUUUCCUAUUAAGCCUAUUCCAAGUCCAUCUUGGAGUGGUUCAUGUCGUCGAAGCCUUUUGAGCCCCAAGAAAACUCAGAGGCGACAUGUUAGUACAGCAGAAGAGACAGUUCAAGAAGAAGAGAGAGAGAUUUACAGACAGCUGCUACAGAUGGUCACAGGGAAACAGUUUUCUGUAGCCAAACCUACCACACAUUUUCCUUUACACCUGUCUCGAUGUCUUAGUUCCAGUAAGAAUACUUUGAACGACUCAUUGUUUAAAAAUGGAAAUUCUUGUGCAUCUCAAAUCAUUGGCUCUGAUACUUCAUCAUCUGGAUCUGCCAGCAUUUUAACUCCCCAGGAACAGCUGUCCCACAGUGUAUACUCCCCAUCAUCUUAUGCCCCAGAUGUUGUUGCAUUUGGAUCCAAAGAUUCUGAUCUUCUCCAUCAAUCCCACUAUCACCACUCUCUUCCACAUCAGCCAGAUAACUUAUCAGCUUCAAAUACACAAUCCGAAGGGUCAGAUUCUGUGAUUUUACUGAAAGUGAAAGAGUCCCAGACUCCAACUCCCAGUCCUACUUUCUUCCAGGCAGAGCUGUGGAUCAAAGAAUUAACUAGUGUUUAUGAUUCUCGAGCACGGGAAAGAUUGCGCCAGAUUGAAGAGCAGAAAGCACUGGCAUUACAGCUUCAAAACCAGAGAUUGCAGGAACAGGAACAUUCAGUACAUGAUUCAGUAGAACUGCAUCUUCGUGUACCUCUUGAGAAGGAGAUCCCUGUUACGAUUGCCCAAGAAACAGAAAAAAAAGCUCAUAAAUUAACUGAUAGUGAAGAUGAAUUUCCUGAAAUUACAGAGGAAAUGGAGAAAGAAAUAAAGAAUGUAUUUCGUAAUGGGAACCAGGAUGAAGUUCUCAGUGAAGCAUUCCGUUUGACCAUUACUCGCAAAGAUAUUCAAACUCUAAAUCAUCUGAAUUGGCUCAAUGAUGAGAUCAUCAAUUUCUACAUGAAUAUGCUGAUGGAGCGAAGUAAAGAGAAGGGAUUACCAAGCGUGCAUGCAUUUAAUACCUUUUUCUUUACUAAGUUAAAAACGGCUGGUUAUCAGGCAGUGAAACGUUGGACGAAGAAAGUGGAUGUAUUUUCUGUUGACAUUCUUUUGGUACCCAUUCACCUGGGAGUGCACUGGUGUCUAGCUGUUGUAGACUUUAGAAAGAAGAAUAUUAUCUAUUAUGAUUCUAUGGGUGGCAUAAACAAUGAAGCCUGCAGAAUCCUCUUGCAAUACCUAAAGCAAGAAAGCAUUGACAAGAAAAGGAAAGAGUUUGACAUCAAUGGCUGGCAGCUCUUCAGCAAGAAAAGCCAGGAAAUUCCACAACAGAUGAAUGGCAGUGACUGUGGGAUGUUUGCCUGCAAAUAUGCUGACUGUAUAACCAAAGACAGACCAAUCAACUUCACACAGCAACACAUGCCAUACUUCCGGAAGCGGAUGGUCUGGGAGAUCCUCCACCGAAAGCUCUUGUGAAGACUGUAUCAGUUAGCAGACCAUGACCUUGUGGGGGACCAGCUCUUUGUUGUCUACAGCCAGAGACCUUGGAAACAGCUGCUCCCAACCCUCUGUUCUUGUAAAGCCCUUGAUCCUGGACGAGGCCCUGGCGAGAUGCAUUCACAAGCACAUCUGCCUUUCCUUUUGUAUCUCAGAUACUAUUUUUGCAAAGAAACUUUGGUGCUGUGAAAGGGGUGAGGGACAUCCCUAAGCUGAAGAGAGAGACUGCUUUUUACUUCUUCAGUUCUGCCAUCUUGUUUUCAAAGGGCUCCAGCCUCACUCAGUCCCUAAUUAGGGGACUGAGAAAAGUUUGGAAAGAAUCUUGGUUUCAUGUAAACUCUUGUUGUUAGGCCUUACUAAGAAGUAGGAAAGGGCAUGAGCAAAAGGUAGGGAUAAAAACCACCAGCAUAUAUGUGCACAUUUACAUACACAUGCGAUUUUCAAUAUGUGUAGUCAGGAAUGUGACUGUAAACUGGACUUUGGGGCACAUGCUUAAGUCCUGCCCCCAGGACUUUUCCUAUUUAUGUGUCCCUAUAUGAAAUCCAUCUGCUUCUAUACAAGGCUGUUUAUCAUCUGUAGCUUCAUCUCAUCCUGAGGCACAGCACAUGAGCCCUGGAUGGACCCCAAAGUCCCAAGCAGUCCUUUCCUUAAGAGCAGGGGUUUGCAUGUGCUAACAGCACAUGUCAUGGAGCAGACCCACCCAGGGAGCGGUCCAGUGGAACGACAGAGCACCACUUCUACUGCCACCUACUUCUGACCAAGAAGAAGGACCUCAGUCUUUAGCAUAGAAUUCCAACGUUGGAGGAAUGCAGGUCUAGUUUGGUCUGUGGCUAGGUAGUUUAAAUAUGUUUCUAACCACAGAAAACUUCAUAUACACAUGUGCGCACACACACACAUACACACACAUAUAUUUCACAGGGAUAUGCUUUUUUUAAAAAGACUGAAUGUGUUCACCAUUUAGCCUGUAGAUUUAUUUCCAUUUUUCAGAUUCCAGCACACGCAGAUCCCAGCCCCUAUGUGUAGGGUGUUUGUGGACUUCCUAAUGGAGUAUUUUGAGGCCUGGAUGAACUUUGGCUUAGGGAUAGAAGUUACAGAGGGAGGUGAGAUUUUCAGUUGAAAAACGGGUGGAGUUUGGACUGAUCAACUUGAGAUUUAAAAACUGCUAUUCCUUUUGUUCUUUCUAGCAUCUCCCCCCACCCUCUGAGAGCUCCUCAGGCUAGAUAGUGAAAUGAUCCAAUGCCAGUGUCAUUUUGUACUUAAGUUCCAAAAUAGGAACAUUUUAUACUUUUUUCUGUAUUGUUAUAGGUAGUUUUGUAUGAAAUCUUUUUCUCCUCUCCCCUUGUACCCCAUUCUUUCCAGCAUUGUGCUUUUCCUUGGGCUUAUUUGAAAAUUUUACUCUGUUUUAUACCAAGCUUGUUUAGUACAUUUUUCUAUGUUUUACCACAGUUACAAUUUGAAAAGAAAACUAUUUUUUUUAAAUAUUCCAUUGUUAACUGAAUGUUACUGUUUCCACUCCAGCAACUAGAUGUCCUGCCUUUUUCAUAACUGCCUGCCUUUUGGGGAAAGACUACGUUUUGUGUGUUUUUUCCUUUCCUCCUUUCUUUCUCUUUCUCUCUCUCUCUCUUUCUUUUUUUCUUUUCUUUUUUUUUCUCCCUAUUUUUUUGAUAUUUUCUGUAGGAAAUAAAUAGCUUUCUAUAUAUGGGUUGCUGGGGACUUUCACAUUCUCUUUUAGAGAGCUAUAGCAUGCAGACUCAUUGCAGGACUCCUGGAAUAUUGUCUAAUUCUUGGUACUUUCUGUAUUUAAGUGACAACUUGAGAGGUGGCAAUAUGGUGUAUAUUUGGACUAUGAAUCAGAAGACCUGAGUUUUUCAGAUUCUUUCACCAUUGUCUGAGGGACUCAGAACAAGACAGUUCUCUGUAUUUAUUGUUUUUCCAUUUAGAUAACACCUGUCUUACCUUCCUCAUAGACUUUUUGUACAGACCAAAGCAACAAAUAUUUAUUGCCAUGUAUAGCAGAAAAUGAAACAUGCAACAAAAGCACUUUGAAAAAUAUAUAAGGAAUUGUUGAGCCUGUCUGAACUUGGCCCCCCUUUCUGACCAGUGCAGAAGGUAGAAGUUAGUGAUCCUGAGACCACCCUACCACCCCAAACCUGGUAGGAGUGGGCCAAGCUGAGAGAUAGGUUGUAUCCCAGGGUGGGGCUUGAUGGGAACCACAUAUAGACUUAUUUAGUGUGCCAGUAUUUCCAGAGAGUUAGCCAACAAGAGCAGGACUAGUAUCUAGAAACUUUUAUCUUCAUUUAGGGGUAGGCUUUGACAACCAGGAAAGAACGAAGAUGUUUCUGCAUUUCAUGGCCCAAGAGCAUGUUACUAAUAUCUUAUUUAACCUGCUUUAAACUGAAUAAGCCUAUUGCUUUCCUUUUCUCCCAUUUUCCCCUUUCCCCUUUGUUCAGUGCUCAUAAUAACCUACCUCCCCUAAAAAAGGAUUACUUGAGGGAUUAUAAACACCAGAUGCCAGAUAUAGAAACUAGAACAGAAACCACAGUACUAACAGUCACUCCUGGACCCUGUACAAAGAAUGUGAGAUAGAUUGUUCCUGCCCAUUUGAGAACACAUGGUCUGAGGCACAGAGGCUAAUUACAUCCUAUUUAUCCCCUAGGCCCCACUCUUGCUCCCAGGAGUUUUUUUCAAGGUUGAAUGUAGGAGGACUUUCUCCUCAUCCAGCCUGGAGACUCCUGUCCAGUUGGGGUGCUUCAUACUUCCAUGUGGUGUCAACUUCUCCCAUUUUUAGCCACUGUAAUCAUACUAGCAUCUUCUACACACUGCCCGCAGCAGUGUUUACCCAUGUUUUAGUGGUCUUGGGGUAGAAACAGAUAACUUGGAAAAGCACUUCCACCAAUCCCAUCCCUAUAGCCUGUCCAUUGCUGCCAGGUUUUACAUGGCUCAUAAAAGGCUCUAGUGGGUAGAGAGGGGGAGUGUUCAUUUAAGAGCCCCAGUGUUUUUAAUGUUUUAGUCUGUGAUCCUUCUGUGCCAUCCUCCCAGCUCUUAAAUUUGUCUUACCGUAGUAAGAGAGACUGACACCUGUGGUUUGUCUUUUUCCUUUGUUCCAUCUGGAUGGGCAACAUGAGGUGGAAUAUGAUGCUUUUAUCCUGAAAGUUCACAUACCCAAGAGAGUCAGAAAAAGAGGCUAUUUGACCCUGUUGUUAAAUGGGCUACAUGCUGAGCUCCUGAGAAAGGUGCCAUACUUCCCUGCCCAGGAGCAACAUGUCCACAGCUGCAUGUUCAUCCUGAAAUCUGGGAGGAGACAAGUGAGGCUCAGCCCAGCAUCUUUCCUUAUCGUCUAGGGCCUCAUUUUCACCUGUGCUGAAUCCUGAGAUCUGUCUAUUAAGAACACAUAACUACCAUUCCCAGCUUUGGAGGUGGAAAGGGAGAUGGGGUAGAAGGUCAUGGUGGUCACCCAUUAAAAUAAGGGAGAACUUACACAGGUAUCUCUUGUGGGAGAGAAAAGAGAAACUAGGAGACUUUGAGCUGAAAGAUAAACCUUGAGGAAAUGUUAGUGCAUGCUGUCUCUCUGUCCUGUUGGGGAGAUGGUAGGGAUAAUUCCAAUUGUGUGAAUGAUUGGAUUGGAUGUCCAGGGUCUUGUUAAACUCUAAGAUUCUGGAAUGUUGUCAAAGGCCAUAUGCUGCUGGCAAUAGGAAUCAGCAAGGCAGAGAUUCACAGUUAAAGUUUAAAGCUAGUGCUAACACUGGCUUGGUUUUAGAGUUAAGGCCUACAUCAGAGUCUUGUCCAAAUGCACACACCCUUGCUGCAGACUUUUCUCCAUUCUAAACUGAGGAGUAGGACUAAUCUGGAGAUUGUCCUACCCUGUGCAGAACACAAGUGCUAGCAAGGAAAGGAAAGAGUGUGAGAAAGUGGCUUAUGAGGAGCCCAGAGUCCAGUCUGCUGGGUAUUGCUCAUUCAAUUUACUGUAAUUUUGUUCCUCUCACAAAUAUCUACUGAGCAUGCACACCCAAAUCUCAUGUCUGUGAAGCCUUCUCUGAUCACAUUAUUUUACAAUCUUUUAUCUGGAAAUCUGUAUCCCUUAUAACCAGAAAAUAUGAUUCCAGAUGGCAUUUGUAUUGUAAUCUGUCUUUUACAUCAAGAAUGGACUGAGACUUGUAGCCACUAAGGGCAGGUGAAUGAUUUAGUGCUUUUUUUCAAACCAGGAGCAUAAGCUGUUUCUUUGUGGCCUGCCAGGGAUGAGGUAGGGGUAAGAAUUCUAUUAAGCAUUUAUUUAGAAAGACAACAUGCAGACAUAGGAGGAAGGAAGACUGCUCGUGGCAGCCUGCAAUCUCCUUUGUGGUACCAAACAGUUCGCCUCAGACCCCAAACCUAAUGCCAGCACCCUGCCUUUAACAAAAACACCUUCCUCAGCAGUUCAGCAUGCCCUUUGGGGAAUGUCAGUCUCUGUCUCAUGGGACUUAUCAAAGUGAUUAACCAUUCAUCUUUCUGUUAAAUACAGUUACCUCCAUCCUUUUUCUUUCCAAUGAUGGUUUACAUCCCUCACAGCUUGAGACUCUGGGUUCCUUACUUCUAGGGAGCCUCUUAUGCUAGGUGUUAAUAAGCAUAUGUUUAAGCACUGGGUGUGGGGGCCCUGAAAGGUGGAGUGAAGAGAUGGUUUGACCAAGGAAAUAAAAGCCACCUUGUCCUCAGGGUCUUACAGUCCGUAGAUGUUAUAGUUAACUAAUUUGGGAGACACCAAGCAAUCAAGCUUAUCAAGAAGGCAGACUCAGUAGGGCAUGAGGUUCAGAAUGAAGCUAGAAGUGGAGGAUAGAGGGGGGGCAGAGGUGGAGAUAAGUCAGGGAUAAUGUUGCCUUUAUCUGCCUAUCUAUGUGUGACUCUCCCUAGUUUUUUAAAAGUUGAUUUAUUUAAAAUAAACUCUGAAUUUUGC